UUAAUGAAAUUGGUAUAGCUAAGAACAUAUAUCCUUGUUUUAGCCGAAUUUCAAACUCCUAUUCAGCUCUCAGAGAGAAAAAGCAUAGAUAAGAAAAGGAGAGGUUUAGCUUCUUCCUUGAACUUCAAGACUCAUCUGUGAAGAUGUUUGAUUCCUUGAGCCUAUGCACACUUGAAGUUUCCCAGAUUCCUCUUUUUUUUCCUUUCUUUUCCGGAAAAUACUUUCUCAUCCAACUUCUUAAAUGCCCUUGUCAUUGUCUUGUGCUCUUCCAAACUCAAUUUCUUUAAAAAUUUUCCUAGGAAAUAUGGUACCUUUCAUUGCUGUAACUCUGUUCUUUCUUCUUGGUACCUCUUCAUCUUCUCUUGUCAAUGAUUUUCAUGCCUUGCUUACCCUCAAACAAGGAUUUGAUUUUCCUGGACCCAUUUUGAGAAGUUGGGAUUCUUCCAAUUUGAGCUUAGGGUGUUCGUGGGUUGGAAUCCGUUGCCUCCAUGGUCGAGUCAUUUCAGUUGAUCUAACCAAUAUGAAUCUCUCUGGCUCUGUUUCGUCCAUAAUAUUGACCCUGGAUCACCUAACCUAUCUCUCCCUCGCAGGCAACAACCUCACUGGAGAUAUUGAGAUUGCGAACUUGAGCAAUCUUCGAUUCCUAAACAUCUCGAACAAUAUGCUCAGUGGCAGCUUGGAGUGGAACUUUUCAAGCAUGGCAAACUUGGAGAUCCUCGAUGCUUAUGACAAUAACAUCACAGCAUUCCUUCCUCCAGGCAUUUCGAAUCUCAAGAAGCUCAAGUACCUUGACCUUGGCGGCAAUUUUUUCUACGGUACAAUCCCGAAAAGCUAUGGAAAUUUAAUCAGUUUGGAGUAUUUUUCACUCGCGGGAAAUGAUCUCCAGGGGAAAAUCCCAGGUGAGUUGGGAAAUCUCACUAACUUGAGACAGAUUUACUUGGGGUAUUACAAUGUUUUCGAAGAUGGGAUUCCGGUGGAGUUUGGGAAUUUAUUGAAUCUAGUACACAUGGACCUUUCCAGCUGUGAAUUGGAUGGCCAAAUUCCACACCAGCUGGGGGAUUUGAAGUCCCUGGACACACUCUACUUGCACCUCAAUCUCCUCUCGGGCUCGAUUCCCAAGCAACUAGGCAACUUGACUAGUUUAGUGAAGCUUGAUCUUUCCCACAAUACACUAACCGGGGAAAUUCCAUUAGAGUUGUCCAAGCUUCAAAAGCUAGGACUUUUGAAUCUGUUUAUGAACAGAUUACAUGGGUCAAUUCCAGACUUCAUUGCAGACUUGCCGAAUUUGGAAACUCUCGGGCUGUGGAUGAACAACUUCACUGGCAUAAUUCCCAGCAGGCUCGGCAAGAAUGGGAAGCUUCAGGAACUUGAUCUGUCCUCCAACAAGCUCACUGGCACAAUCCCAUGGAAUUUGUGUUCUUCAAAUCAGCUCAGGAUUCUGAUUCUCCUCAAGAAUUUCCUCUUCGGACCAAUUCCAGAACCCCUGGGAAAAUGCUAUAGCCUUGUGAGAGUAAGAAUGGGGAAGAAUUACUUGAAUGGCAGCAUUCCUGAUUCCUUCCUAUAUUUGCCUGAGCUAAAUUUGGUCGAGCUACACAACAACUAUCUGUCGGGAACUCUGUCCGAGAACCACAACAGUACUUCGAAGCCAAUGAACCUAGGUGAACUGAAUCUUUCCAACAAUCUCCUCUCUGGUUCACUGCCAUUUUCACUUUCUAAUUUCACUUCCCUCCAAAUCCUCCUGCUUAGCGGAAAUCAAUUUUCCGGCCCAAUCCCGCCUUCCAUAGGAGAACUCCCCCAAGUACUAAUGCUUGACCUCAGCAAGAACUCGCUCUCGGGCAAAAUCCCCCCCGCAAUUGGGAACUGCUCCCACCUCACUUUCCUAGACCUGAGCCAGAACAACCUCUCCGGUAUGAUCCCAUCUGAAAUCUCCAACAUCAGGAUCCUGAAUUACCUGAAUUUAUCAAGAAACCACUUGGAUCAAAGCAUACCCAGAUCGAUCGGCUCCAUGAAAAGCCUCACAACUGCGGAUUUCUCCUUCAACAACCUCUCGGGAAAGCUGCCCGAUUCGAGCCAGUUUGCAUUCUUCAAUGCCUCGUCAUACGCCGGAAAUCCCCAAUUAUGUGGACCUUUUCUAAACAAUCCCUGCAAUGUCACUGCAACUCCUGCCGACAUGCCCCGAAAAGGGGCCCGGAGAGACUUCAAGCUGAUCUUUGCCCUCGGCCUACUAAUCUGCUCCCUGGUUUUUGCUGCAGCCGCCGUCAUCAAGGCGAAAUCUUUCAAAAGAAAUGGUUCAGAUUCAUGGAAGAUGACUGCAUUCCAGAAGCUCGAAUUCACCGUUUCAGACGUCCUCGAAAGCAUGAAAGACGGGAAUGUGAUUGGAAGAGGAGGAGCAGGCAUUGUGUACCACGGAAAAAUGGCAAACGGGGUCGAAAUCGCUGCGAAAAAGCUCCUGGGAUUCGGCGGGAACAGCCAUGAUCACGGCUUCCAAGCUGAAAUUCAAACACUGGGCAACAUUAGGCACAGGAACAUAGUGAGGCUGCUGGCUUUUUGCUCCAACAAGGAGACCAAUGUUCUUGUCUACGAGUACAUGAGAAAUGGGAGCUUGGGAGAGGCACUGCACGGCAAAAAGGGAGGGUUCUUGGGAUGGAACUUGAGGUACAAAAUUGCCAUAGAAGCUGCAAAAGGACUCUGCUAUCUCCACCACGACUGCUCACCCUUGAUCCUUCACCGGGACGUCAAAUCGAACAACAUUCUCUUGGACUCCACCUUCGAAGCUCACGUUGCGGACUUCGGCCUCGCCAAGUUCCUCCUAGACGGCGGCGCCUCGGAGUGCAUGUCGGCGGUCGCCGGAUCGUACGGAUACAUUGCCCCUGAGUAUGCAUACACAUUGCGAAUAGACGAGAAGAGUGAUGUAUAUAGUUUCGGGGUGGUGUUGUUGGAGCUAAUAACAGGGCGACGACCGGUAGGGGGUUUUGAGGAAGGUGUGGAUCUAGCUCAAUGGACAAAGAUAACGACCAAUUGCCGAAAAGAGGAGGUGACGAAGAUAGUUGACUCCAAGCUUAAGGCAGUCCCACACGAAGAAGCAAUGCACUUGUUAUUUAUAGCCAUGUUGUGCAUCCAAGAGAACAGUGUGGAGCGCCCAACCAUGCGAGAAGUGGUUCAAAUGCUCUCCGAGUUCCCCACUCGCCAAUCCUCCUCCUCCUCUUCAACUCUUACUUCCCAACCAAAAAAGGAAACAAAUUGCACCAAGCUCCCACAACAUGAUCUUUUGGUUUAGAUCAUCAAUUACUUAAUUAAUGGAGACAUUUGAGGCCCUUUGAGUUAAAUUUGGGCAUGACAUAUAUUAUAUUUUCAUGGUGCAAGUCUUAAUUCAAAUGGGUUGAUUUUGUUUUAGUUAGGUGCCAAAAAAAAAAAAAAAAAAUUGUGCUUGAGGGGUGAGAGACUGUUUUUUGGUUAGAGUUAGAGGUUAGAACAUUUGGUGACCAAAUAGAUGGUAGAGGUAGAAAUAACUUAUGGGUGCACUUCUUUGAAGGGUGUCUUUGGGGUGGAGGGCAAUUGUAGGGUGAGUGGAGUCCUACAUGCUCUUAAUUAAUUUGUAUUAUAUUUUUCACAUACAUGCUAGAUGUGUUGCUUAAUUUAUAUAUGCCUCUUCAUUUUCUUUUCUUUUUUUGGAGUCUCUGUAAAAUACUUUAAUGUAAUGUUUGAUACAUAAUUUAAUAAUAUGAAAUGGAAUUCAUUGCAA